ACUUUCUAUCUCCCUCGCACCGACACGACGAGUCGACGACGUAUAUGCCCACGUACAUGUAAAUCUGUGCAGUCUUUGGAGGAUAUUCAUUUCUUUCCCUUUUUAUUGGUACACUCGGAGCUAUACUCUCAAUAUAACUUCUUCGCAACAUGGCUUCUGUGAAAUCGGAAAUGUUGCAGUUCUCUGCUACAAACACCACCUCAGAUCCCGCAGAUAGGUCUGUUUUGAUCGUUGGUCAGCUCCCAAACUUGACCAAAGUUCCCUAUGAUACUGCAAAGACCAAAUUGCAGCCACGAGUCAAUGAAGAGUCCUACAGAAUGGCACUUGGCUGCCUUAGCCCAUCGCCAACAGAUACUGUCUCUCUGUGGUUCAACAAUGCAACAUUAGCUGCUCUACCAGUAAAAGCUAGUAGACACAAUACACCAUCCCGAUCUCACAUCCUCACCAAACUGGUCCGUAGCUGUCUCACUGGAAGUGGCAAUGAAUGCAUUGUGGUUGCUUGUGAACAUGCCCAUGUCUUUGCGCUUGGUUGUGCCAUCGCAAGGGCAUUCCCCCUCUAUUCUCGUAAAGCAGGCUCCCAUAAGCAAGUCCAACGUGUCAUCACUGUAGAAUUUGUCAUCACAGAUGAGGAUAAUUCCUCUUUGACGGAUGAAGAGGUUGGAACUCUUAACUUUACUGCUCAGUCUAUCCGAGAAUCAGCUCGUAUUGUAGACAUGCCCUGCAGUGAAAUGAACACUAUGCACUUUGUACAAGAAGUACAAAGAGUUGGACAAGGCCUUGGCAUCACCCCUCUCGUCAUCCAAGGAGAGGAGCUCCAACGGAAAGGAUUUGGAGGUAUCUACGGUGUUGGUAAAGCUGCAGCCAAUCCACCAGCCUUUGCUGUCCUCAGCCACACCCCACCCAACGCCACUCAGACCAUCGCUUGGGUCGGUAAGGGUAUUGUCUACGAUACCGGUGGACUCUCUAUCAAGGGAAAGACUGCCAUGCCUGGUAUGAAGAGAGACUGUGGUGGGGCAGCGGCUAUUUUAGGUGCAUUCGAAGCAGCCGUUAAAGCAGGUUUUGAAGAAAAUCUUCAUGCUUUAUUCUGCCUUGCUGAGAAUGCUGUAGGGCCAGAUGCCACGAGACCAGAUGAUGUACAUAUCAUGUACUCAGGAAGGUCGGUUGAGAUCAACAACACGGAUGCAGAAGGAAGAUUAGUACUAGCAGAUGGUGUAUCCUAUGCAGCAAGAGAUCUGAAGGCUGAUAUUAUUGUUGACAUGGCAACCCUGACCGGUGCCCAAGGAAUCUCAACAGGAAAGUACCACGCUGGACUCCUGACCAAUAAUGAAGACUGGGAGAUGGCAUCAAUGAAAGCAGGUCGUAACACUGGUGAUUUAGUGUUUCCCUUGGUGUAUAGUCCAGAGCUUCACUUUAGUGAGUUUGGCAGUGCAGUCGCUGACAUGAAGAACUCUGUAGCGGAUCGUGGCAAUGCACAGAGUUCUUGUGCAGGUCUCUUCAUUGGUUCUCAUAUCGGCUUUGACUUUGGUGGAGUCUGGAUCCAUUUUGACAUUGCCUCUCCCAGUUACUCGGGUGAGAGAGCAACAGGGUUUGGUGUAGGUCUACUGUUGGGUCUGUUCGGACGUGCCACUCAAUCCAAACUCCUUCAAUCCAUCUCACCCUGCGGCCUCAAUCAAGACGACGAAAUGAUGGUUGAAAGCGCCACCAAAAAGAUACGACUCAUAUGAAUGAGAAGCCUCUUUCUAUCUAGCACUAGCUUUAUGUUGUUAGUUGGUUGUAAAACAACACUGAUAGAUUUAAAAAAAAAAAUAAUUUUAUGAUAUGAAUCUAUCCUUGGUACUUUGUAUGUAAUGUACCUAUUCAUAUAAUAUCAUUCAGUCAGUAUAGCAUAAAUCUGUGCUUUUCAACCAGUGAUCCACUGCUCAGAUCGCAAGCAUCUGCUGGUGGGCCAUUAAGGUAUGGCCAACAAAAUGAACAUUAUAAGAUACAUAGGUUAAAUUGUUACUUUUGACUGAAAUCAAAAGGAUAGAUGCAGUGUCCACAAGGUAUUGAUUAUCAUCAAUGCAGUGUUCGUAUCUCUAAAAAAAUUCUUUAAACCUAUAAUAACAAUAUUCAAUAAUUAAAGUAGUGGUGUUGUAUAAGGGCCUGUACCUGCCAGGUUCUGUACCUUGUGACGCUCACUGAACAGCGAACAUACAUGUAAGUUAAUAGAAACAAAAUUAGAUAAAAAGUCUUAGAAAAAAGUUUUUAAGUGAGAUCUUUCUAUAUGAAGUAAGUGAGGGGCACCGUGGGGGAGUCCAUGUAUUAGUUCUCCGUUGUGCUUUUUUAAGUUGUCUUUUUUUUUUUGAAAAAUAAGAUAUGGUUUGCAGCACAGCUACCCAGACCAGCUUCCCUUCCAGGGUCUAUUUGUAUAAAUGAUGCAAUAUUAAUUUGGUAUAUUUCACAUUGAGGUACUUUGCACCUUAUAGUGUGCAAUAUUUAUCACUGAACGUAAGAAGUCUUUAUCCUUUGUCACAUAAAUUGUUAUCAUAUUAAAGGUUAUCUGUAGUCUUGGUACCAGUAAUUCGCAAAAAGUAUUUUUCACUAUUCCAAUUCAUUACUGGAUUACGGAAGAGCCGUGGUGUAGUGGUUCUGACUCUCGCCUUGUAAACAAAAGGUCGUGUGUUCGAAUCCCACCGCGGUCUCACGUCCUUUGGCAAGGCGUUAAUCCACACUCUGCCACUCUCGAUCCAGGUGCUAAAUGGGUACCCGAUAGGAUAUAUGUUUGAAUUUGUCAGCGCCAUUUUGAGGCUGAGAUGAAUGCAAGGAACGCUCCCCAGGGAGUGGAAAUUGUGCACAUUUCGUGCAGGGGUUGAAAUGAAUCCAAUGACCGGGGUAAUAAUAUGCAGUAAAACGCUUUGAGCCGUUAUGGGAAAAGCACUGUAUAAAACUAGCUAUUAUUAUUCUUAUUAUAUGACUGCGUAUGUCUGAAAACGGUAAUGAAGUGAAGGAUAUGAAAUAGAAAUGUGUUUUAUAAGACAUAUUUUGCGAUUUUUGUGUCAACAUUUAUUAAUUGUGUGUCUGACCAAAAUAAAAUAUUUGCAUAUUUGUGGUGGGGUGUAUAUAAAACCACUCUUCAACAUGAAAUGGGCUGAAAAUUUCAGGAUACAUGUAUAAUCUUUGUCUGGAACAUUUUAAUAGUCAAUAAAUUUGCAAGGUAAGUGCUCAAAGGGCCAAUUACAAAGCAAAAUAAAGACAUUAGUAGGAGAGGGUGCUAGAUGCUGAAUAAUUAUAAAUUUGAAUUCUAGUAGUUGAAAAAAAAUCAAUGGCCACAACAGUUUAUAAGAUUGGAUGGUACUCGAGUGUUCUUCUCAUUACUUAUCAUCAACCAAAGGCUUAGACAGUCUUUACAGGUUUUGAUUUAAAAAAAAUAGAAUUCAUUAUUUCAAUAUUUAUGUUACACAUUGUUUACUGUAGAGAAGAACUGGAUAUUUUUCAUUCUUAAAUUUUUGAAAAAUUUGCUCAUCUACUUUUAUUUUUUUUUCUCUCUAAAAUGAUGUCCAAAGUAGACAAAUCAACAAUGACUCAAAUGUAUCAUCUACUGAUUGGUCAGUGAUUUAACCAUCAGACCAUCACCUGUCCAUGGCACAGUCAUGAUGAUAUAAGACCAAAUACCUCAUUACCUCUGAUUUUUAAUCUGACUUGCAUUCUUAAUCUGCCAUGGACAAAGGAAAGGAAUGAUCAGGGUGUGACCUAUUUGCAUCACAGUCAUGCAACAGGAAUAACAUACUUGUCUGAAUAACUCAAAAUGAGAGGGACCAAGAGGUAUGUGCAUUGCUACAAUGAUAAUUGAAUUUUCCAUUAUGCAUCUGUAGGUAUAUCAUAAUAGCAAUCGUCUUGCUCUUUUUUGGGGAUCAUAAAUUUUGCCGUUAAAAAGAUACAUAUUGCCCGCAUCUCAUCGUGUUGGUGCAAGAACGCCCUUCCGCAAUGCAUUUAUGCAUGCUGCUAGGGCAUUUUUUGUGCACAUGCGAUGUGCCAAAGUGUGGUGUUAAGGACGUUCUUGUACCGACACAACAAUCUAAUGACCCGGGACAAUAUGAUUUUGUUUUGGGCAACUCAUUUUAUGUUUUCUUCAAGCCCAGCUAAUAAUCAAGGGUCAAUAUAAUUGAUCAAUGUAUUGGAUUUGUAUAUAUUUAGCCUCAUCCUUACUCUAGUUAACAUAUCUUUUGUAUAUUAGUACUUACUUUUCUUUCUUGAAUGUGUAGAAAGAAGCUAUUUCCUCUAUAUUUUCUUAGCCAAGGUACUAUUCAAUACAGUUUUUGUAUGGUUUUAAGAUUUUAUGCAGACUUUGGUGUAUUGAACAAUGAAGUACAAAAGUGUCAAAUGCUAAUCCUUUAUUUUUUUCUUCUUUUCUCACAAAGUAUGAGGGUUCUUAUAUUCUCACUUGAAUUUUGAUACUUGGCGUUAGUAUUGCAUAUUGAUGGGACAGGGGCCGCGGAACAGUUUUCAAAGUGGGGAGGGGCUGACCAUGCAAAAAAUCACAAUCGUAUGGUAAUUUUUACGUUUUUGUACAUGGUUUUUAACCCCCCCCCCCCCGCUUCCGCGGCCCCUUGGACAGACUUGAAUUUAAGUUACAAGUAAUCCAACUUACCCAUGUUUGUACAAAGAUCAUCCCCUUUUUUUUUCUCCUUUAUUUAUUUUUUUUUUUGGGGGGGGGGGGAAAUGAGGUUUAAAAUAUGUACCUUUUCACAGUGAAGAUCUUUUUUUUUUUUGGGUGGGGGAUGAUGAACAGAAAAAUUUUCAAAUAAAUUUUCCUAUUACUAUUCUAGACAAAAGUGAUUACUGAUAAAUAAUACUUCAUGUAAAAUUUGCUUUCCAUAUAUUCCAGUCUUUUGUAAAAUAUGUUUUGUGUAAUUUUACAAAACACCUUCAUUAAAAAAUCCCCUAUCACUGCUCAAAGAAAUCGGGACAAAGUGCUGUGUUUGAAACUUCAAGUACAGUGUCAUUGUUUGUUGCUUUAUUGAAAACAUAGAGGUAUUUAAUACCUAUAUGAAUAAACUGGGACUGUGUUAUCAUACCAAAAUUGGAAGUAGUAUACAUGUUGUAAGAAAGCUUUAACUUUAAUUUGAAGAAGUGCAUAAAAAAUAAAUGAAACCAUGAAAGAAUAAUUGUAAUGAUCACAGCCAUUGUCAGUUGGGUGAUAUACAAUUCAUUUUGAUAUGACAUUUGUGAAAAGUUUACAUUAAAUGUUGUCUCCCCAUAUAUAUUUUUUGUAGUCAAGAGAUCUGUUUUCUAACAUGUUCAAAUGUUAUACUUGGAACUUUAUUUACGAAUGUUCCUGUGGUGAUUGUAAGAAAAGACAUUGUUAUGUAAUUAAACAAUGGCUACUUGAGCUAAUGCUGAUGAGGUAACGAUAAUAGCUCACUUUGAAUAGAUUAUUUUUUAAUAAAUGGCACAAUGAAUUAUGAUAA